AUGUCUUCUUGGGAAAGCAACAACAACAGCAGCACCCCCGACAAGUGGGGCAAUACCUUGGGCGGUUGCCAAAAGGGAGACCCGAACGGCCCCACCGGCACCGGCGAGAAUGCCUCGAACACCAAGGGUGGCCACAAGGACCAGAUAUCCGCAGCUUCGGCCAAAGGCGGCAGACCAUCGGGUGGCGGCUACGGCCACCAUGCUGGAAGCAAGUAA